UUCCGCAAGCGAAUCUCUCGGGAAAUUAAUACGAAAAUGCAAUACACGUCCAAACGUAUUCAUUUGCCGCUUUUCCUGGUAGUCUUGCUCCAGGCAACGAGUCACGUACAGUCCGAAUGUGAAUUCAGUCAAUAUAGCUAUUAUCAUUCCGGGAUAUUUCUGCAACAAUUCGGUGAAGGGUAUACAAUGGUGAACUUCCAAGGGAAUCCGAUACGUAUCCCUGACCAGGGUUCCAUGGAAGCUGUUUGCAGUUCGGGAUUCAGAUUUCCCGGGCACCCUCAAAUCUUCGGAAAGAUUGAAGGAGAACCUGGCAGGGACUAUGAGGAAUACACGAACGUAACGAUUACUUGCCAAAAUGGAGAUAUGAUCUACCAUUUGCCGGGAGGAUUGAAACAGGACGUUGAGGAGAAUAGUUUGAUAUGCAAGGACAAUAAGGCGCGGUUCUAUAAGGCUAACGUUGCGAAUUGUGGUGAAACAGGGUUCUUGUAUGGGUUCAUGGUGAAGGAAGUUCCUGUGAUUUUGGCGGAGGUUUGCUAUAAUAUUGCCGAGGAUAAAACGUUGUUUGUUCAUUUUAUUGGAGGCAAACGGUCAGUGGUGCUUGAAAAUCAGACUCAGCACAAUCCUUCUUUAAUGAGUGAACAUCUGCACAACUUCGGCAAAUAUGUUUUUCCAAACCAUGCUGAGAUGCAAAAAUCACUAGACAAAAUUUUCGUUCUUCCUGGAUACACGUAUAUCGCUGAGUACAAACUGGAAUAUCUAGCACCGAUGGCGAACUAUUCUUCACUUAUCGGAAACCUGGCUGAUAACUUCGAAUAUCCAAAUGUUAUUCCAAUGUGGACCACGCUUAGAAAUUACAACUGGCGAAUUUUCCAGGACUUGCUCAGAAAGGAAAGCAUGAAAGAAAGUUUCGAGAUUUAUGCUGGAACAUCGGGAAAAGUGCAGUAUCCUUACGAUCUUAGAUGUAAUUCAACAACAGAUUUCAGUGUUUGGGAGGACACUUUAGAGGUAAAUAUACCUCUCCAUAUUUGGUACUACUUGACAGCCAGAGGUAAACCUGAUGUUAGCACAGUGGUAAUAGCAGUCAACUCACCUAUUGUCGAGCUUGGCCCAUCAACUGUAAUUUGCACUGACGUUUGUGAUGAAAUAAGUUGGUUGAAACCAAUGAGCCGGAGCCGAAAAAUUCUUUCACUUGGCUACAUCUACUGCUGCAAACCUCAGGUCGUUGCAAAUCUUUUAAAAGGAUUCCCGCUCAACGAAGGUACAGAUAGUGCUGCAAAAUCAAAAAAUGGUGCAGCUCCCAAAUCGAAAAUGUAAUUAGGAAGUGAAAUAAAACUUGGAGGUUUUUUGGGG